AGCUUCUUCCCCGUUGGCGCCUCCGUUGCCGUGGCAACGGGGCCUGCGCGUCCAGGCGUUGCCGCCUCCCUUCGCAGCAAGAGGCACCUUAGCGGCGGCGGCGGCCGGGCUCUGCUCUCCUUCCACCGGAGCUGAAGCCGGCGCCAUGUCUCUGCGGACGCUGCCGCUGUUGGUGCUCAACCUGGGCGGGGAGAUGCUUUACAUCGUGGACCAGCGGCUCCGGGCCCAGAGCAUCCCAGGAGACAAGGCCCGCCAAGAUGAAUGGACUGAUGGGGACAGGAGACGAGUCAUGAACGACAUCAUUGGGGGCAUAUUCAACAAAAAGUUUAUGGACGAGCUGUUUAAGCCACAGGAGCUCUAUUCCCGGAAGGCCCUGAGGACCGUCUUUGAGCGCCUGGUCCAUGCCUCUAUCAUGAGACUGAACGCUCCCAGCAUGGACAAGCUCUACGACCUCAUGACCAUGGCGUUCAAGUACCAGGUCCUGCUCAGCCCUCGCCCCAAGGACCUUCUCCUCAUCACCUUCAACCAUCUGGACACCAUCAAGGAGUUCAUCUACGAGUCGCCCAAGACCCUCACCCAGGUGGACAUCACCUUCCGAAGGCUCAUCGAUACGUAUGGCUCUCUCUCUGCUGGGGAAUUUCAGCUAAUCCGGCAAACGUUGCUCAUCUUCUUCCAGGACAUACACAUCCGGGUUUCCAUCCUCUUGAAAGAUAAAGUGCAGAACUCCAAUGGACAUUUUGUGCUGCCAACCUCAGGCCCCGUCCCUUGGGGAACAGAUGUCCCAGGAGUCAUCAGGCUUUUCAACAGUAAAGGAGAUGAAAUCCAACGGACCGAGUUUCCUCAAGGUGGAAAUUAUGUCCUGCCCUACCGGGAAGGCUCCUUCGACCUCCACGGAGACAGGGUCAUUAAAUUGGGGACAAAUAUAUACAGCAUCAGCCGCCCUGUAGAGACAGAUACAUCGGGGGCUGCCAAAAACUUAGUCUCCCGUGUAAAGGAGAACACGGCCCCCAACCCUCUGGCGAAGGAAGAACUAAACCUCUUGGCCCGGCUGAUGGGGGGCCUGGAGGUCAAGAAGCCCCCUGGCAAUGAGGCUGGCUUCCGGCUGAACCUCUUCACCACAGACGAGGAGGAAGAACAUGCUGCCUUAACUCGCCCAGAGGAAUUGACGUACCAAGUUAUUAACAUCCAAGCAGACCAGGACCAGCAGCGGAACGAGGAGUUGGCGCGCAUCAUGGGGGAGUUUGAGGAGGAGAAAGAGGGGGAGCCCCAGCCACCUAGCAGCAAAGGGGCUGACCUGCUGGCCAUGAUGGAUGAGCUGUGACCAACGACCAGGCUUUUCCUGCCAUCUCCAUGCGGACAGCAAUGCUUCUCGCAGCGCUGGCCUUAGGUUGAAGAGAGUGACCCUCCAGCCCAUUCAUCCCUCCAUCUGUGGGGGCCCAUUUGAGGGGCUUAGAUGUGUUUGAGUCACCCGCCUUUUCUCCGGCUGGAAGAGAGGAGGCCCAAGCGAAGGGGGGCAAGGCAAUGACCGAAGCCCCAGAGGUUGCCUUAAGGGUCAAAAGAGGGAGCAGCCAAAGAAAGCAGGCGGCAUUCCAGUUUUGUGUGUGUUAAACCCGUGAGCCUAAAAACACAUCCCAUACCUGGAGAGGCAGCCUCAUUAGGAGGCAAGUGAAAAACAAAACCCCUACCGUGUUGUUAGCUAGUCUGUGCGUGUUUGCUGACUGGUGCAGAACCAACAGCCCUUCUUCACUAGGUUUGAGGAUCAGGUCUGCCAUCAUGCCUAACUGUGGCAAUAAAACCUAGAAAAGAAUCUCUUUUGUCGUUUUUACUCCUCAUGCCAACUACACUAUGUAACAAGUUUGAAAAAUGUUCUGUUCCUAGUUUGAAAGUGUUAAAAAAGGUAAAGGUUUCCCCUUGACAUUAAGUCUAGUCGUGUCUGACUCUAGGGGUGGUGCUCAUCUCUAUUUCUAAGCUGUAGAGCCAGCGUUGUCCAUAUACGCAUCCAAGGUCAUGUGGCUGGCAUGACUGCAUGGAGUGUCCUUACCUUCCCACAGAAGCGGUACCUAUUCAUCUAUUCACAUUUGCAUGUUUUCGAACUGCUAGGUUGGCAGAUGCUGGACCUAACAGCGGGAGCUCACCCCACUCCCCAAAUUCGAACUGCCAACCUUUCAGUCGGCAAGUUCAGCAGCUCAGUGGUUAAACCUUCUGUGCCACCAGGGGCUCCUUUUUGAAAGUGUUAUUUCCUGUUUACUUUGAAAGUAGUUAUUCUACUCCAGAAAUGUCAUUUUUGUGGCUGCCACAAACUAUGUUGAAUUGGUUGAUGAGAUAUUCAUUGAAGAACUAGAGCAGGGUGUGUUGCAGGAUGUCCAGCAAAAACAAAGUUUUUUUCAGUUUAAUAAACUUUCCCAUGUUUUUAUGAUAGAACUAAUUAGGAAAUGACAUUCUGUAACCUAGGAAAAUUGUGUUAUAUAGUGCUAUUUAAAAAGCCCUCGUGUGCCCUUAAAUGAGGAGGAAGGAGAAAUUUCUGAUUCUGACCCAAGCAGCAGUGUCAUGGGUUUUUAGUUUAGCUUUUCUAUUACCAUUUCUUCACUCAAAAGCAAUUUGGAAAAUAAGUAUUCUUUAUAUUGAAGGUAUCACACUGGCAACGAAGAUCCACAUAGUUAAAGCAAUGGUAUUCCCUGUAGCAACCUAUGGAUGCGAGAGCUGGACCAUAAGGAUGGCUGAGCAAAGGAAGACAAUUUUGAACUGUGGUGCUAGAGAAAAAUUCUGAGGGUGCCUUGGUCCGCAAGAAGAUCCAACCAGUCCAUACUCCAGGAAAUAAAGCCCGACUGCUCACUGGAGGGAAGGAUAUUAGACGCAAAGUUGAAGUACUUUGGCUACAUAAUGAGAAAACAGGAAAGCUUAGAGAAGACAAAAUUCUGGGGGAAAUGGAAGGAAAAAGGCAGCGGGGCCAACCAAGGACAAAAUGGAUCGAUGGUACCCUUGAAGUGACUGGCUUGACCUUGAAGGAGCUGGGAGUGGCCAUGGCUUACAGGGAGCUCCAGCAUGGGCUGGUUCAUGAAGUCACGAAGAGUCUGAAGCGACUGAACAAAUAAACAACAAAAUAUUGAAUGUGGAAGAUUUUCUCAAGUAUCCCAUCUGCAAAGAGCCAAAGUGGCUUUUUGCAUAAGUCAAUCUGAGACUGAAUUACACUCCCAUUACCAAUACAUUGGUGGCACAUAAAGCAUUAAACGGCGGUACAGUCCACUUGGGAGGAACAUGAGCCACUUAUAACACUAAGUAACAUUCUUUUUGAUCCUGGGUUAUACAUGUCAUUUAUUAAUUGGGUGUAUCAAAAACAUGGAAAAAUGGAUUAAACUGCAAAAACUUUUUUUUUUGCCAGGCAUCCUGUAGCACAUGUUGCUAUAGUUUUUCAAUGAAUAUCUCAUCGAGUCUCAACUAAUUCAACAUAGUUUGCAGCAGCCCCAAAAACAAAGCUUCUGGAGUAGAACAAUGAACUUUCAAAAUAAGGACUGCACAAUUAAACAGAAAAUAACACUUUCAGGAUUUUUUUUUCCAAAUUUUGUUAGUGUACUGAAUUCCAAUGCCUUGAUGAAUCUAUGUGUGGUUCCAGAGAUGCAAGGUGUAACAGACUGGCCUACCUUAAAGGGUUGAUGUAAAAGGCAGAAAUCAGGCCCGGUUUGCUAAGGCUAAGAAGAGCUGAGGGGAGGAGCAAACAGGCAACCUCGUGGCCAGGAGUGCAGUCUGGUUGAUGUAGUUGGAGGGAAAAGCUCAGCAACUGGAGAUGGGCGGAGCCAGAAAGGGGGCGAAGAAGCUGAGGCAGCCAUUUUAGAUCAGGAGUAUGGUGAGGAAGAAGACAGAAGUUUUGAAAGGGAAAGGAAGGAAGAGUUUGCGAACUGUUUGUGGUUUAAAUAUAUCUUUGAGGAUAAUAGUUAAUAGGCCUCUAUAGUGAUUAGAGUGCUGGGGAGGAAGGGAGAGUCAAAAGGUUUUAAAGAUCCUGUUUGGAUUUCUGUGUGUGGAACUUUGUUUUAAGAAACUAAAGAUAAAAGUACCAUCCUCUGUAAGAAGUAAAGCCUGAUAAGUUAUUUGAAACCCUUAUGCAUAUUGACUGUUCAAAAUAAACAACAUAUUCCUGUUUCAUUUUCA